AUGCAGCCAGCCAAGUCUUCAUCUCGGAAGCUACCGGUUAAGAAAUCAGCAUCAGGAAGUUCGGAGAUGGAAGAUAAACAGCUUGAUUCUGAGGACGUUGAUAUGAAGGAUGACUCUGCUCCCCAGAAACCGAUAGCUAUUAAGAAAGUUGGGGCAGGGGGAGAUGUGGAGAUGGAAGAUGGGAAAGCUUCCGGAAGUGAUGGUGAUGAUAAGAAGGAUGAGGCUAAAGAGGACCCCAUAAUUGUGGCCAUUAAUGAAAUCAAAGAUAACUUCACUCUUCUGGAGAGAGCCGUCACUCUUUUCGAUGCUCGAUUCACUCUUCGAGUUCUCCGUACGAUUUCAUCUCUCCGUCGGCGUCUUACCCCCGAGAUCCUCGCAAAGGUGAUUAAGGAAACAUACCCCGCGGAACACCCGUCUGUGCGAAGGCUAGAGGCGGUCAUCAAAUACGACGGAGCUAUGGAAGUAGAAAGUACCGAGGUGGCUUCCAAAGAAGGCGCCAGCGGGAAUGUAUUACCAGAGGUCGAUAUAUACAUUCAUCUGCUCGCACAGAUCUACCUUCUGGACCAGAAAUCCCUCGAAGAAGGCGCAAAGUUCUCUACUGAACUCGUUGAGACGAUUCACUUACUUAAUCGCCGGACCCUAGAUUCACUCGCCGCUAAAGUUUACUUCUACUAUGCUCGUUUCCAUGAGCUCCUCCCCUCUCCUGCUGUGACCAGUAUUCGCCCUCAGCUUCUGGCAUCUCUUAGGACUGCCACACUACGCAAAGACAUCGAUACUCAAGCUACUCUCAUCACACUUCUUCUGCGUAACUACCUCCUCACGUCACAUAUCACGCAAGCCGAUCAUCUUGUCUCUAAGACUGUUUUCCCCGAAUCUGCUGCGAAUAAUCUCAUUGCCCGCUAUCAGUAUUAUCUGGGACGUAUUCGUGCAAUCCAACUUGAUUACACUGCGGCUCACAAUGAGUUGGUUGGGGCUAUCCGUAAAGCACCUCAAACUGCUGCAGCGGCUGGAUUCGUCCAGGCUGCAAACAAACUGAAUAUAAUUGUCGAGCUACUUAUGGGCGAUAUUCCUGAACGAUCCAUUUUCCGCGAACCAAGGCUUGAGAAGGCUCUCCACGCCUAUUUCUUACUGGUUCAAGCUGUUCGCAUUGGAGAACUUGAUGCGUUUUUUGAUACCCUCAACACCCACGCAGAAACAUUCAAAAAGGAUGGAACAUAUUCACUUAUCCUUCGCCUCCGUCAGAAUGUCAUCAAGACCGGUAUUCGUAUGAUGAGCUUGAGUUACUCUAAGAUUUCCUUGCGAGACAUUUGUGUCCGACUCAGGUUGGACAGUGAGGAAAGCGCCGAAUACAUUGUAGCCAAGGCGAUUAGGGACGGUGUCAUUGAAGCGACCUUGAACCAUGAGAAGGGUUACAUGCAAAGCAAAGAGUUGUUAGAUGUGUAUGCCACUCAAGAACCACAGGAAGCUUUCCACGAGAGGAUUAUGUUCUGCAUGAGUUUGCAUAACGAUAGUGUCAAGGCUAUGAGGUUCCCAAUGAACCAGCACAGGCUUGAGCUAAAGAAUGCACAGGAGGCUAGGGAGAGAGAAAGAGAAUUGGCCAAGGAGAUACAAGAUGGAGAGAUUGAUGACGAUGAUGCAGGUGGCGAGUUUGAAGGAUUGUAG